CCCCCCGACUCCACUCCUCCAAUCCGUCCCCGUGUCCCACUAACGCGAUUUCAGCGCAUGCAGGGACUCGUACCCUACGGCUACGGAUGGCAACAUGGCGACAGAGUUCCACAAUCUGCAAGAGCUGAGGCACAGUGCAUCUCUGGCUAACAAAGUCUUCAUUCAGAGAGACUACAGUGAAGGAACCACCUGCAAGUUUCAGACCAAGUUCCCCUCUGAGCUGGAGAGCAGGAUUGAGCGGACACUGUUUGAGGACACUGUGAAGACGCUGAAUAACUACUACGCGGAAGCAGAAAAGAUAGGAGGCCAGUCCUACCUAGAGGGGUGUCUGGCCUGCGCUACAGCAUAUCUGAUCUUCCUCUGCAUGGAGACACGCUAUGAGAAGGUGUUAAAGAAGAUAGCUAAGUACAUUCAGGAGCAGAAUGAGAAGAUCUAUGCUCCCAGAGGGCUGCUCAUCACAGAUCCUAUAGAACGGGGAAUGCGCGUCAUUGAGAUUUCCAUAUAUGAGGACCGGGGCUCCAGUGGCUCCAGCUCAGGAAGCAGCUCCGUGUCUGGCAGUACUGCUCGAUGACUGGGUACUUCCCAACAACCAUGAUGUCCCCCUGAUCACUCAAACCCUGGAGGAGAACUUAGGACAAUGAUGCUACUUCUGUUCCAAAACUUAACCCAACACGCUCACACAAAGGAUUCACUAGCUAAAAAAAAAGAGAGGCAUGUUGCUCCUGAUGUGCUUACACGUGCUAAAGUUGUUGAAGCUUUUUUUUUUGUCUUCAGCAAAUGCUUAAAACACACACUUUGGUAGUUUAUUUUGUAAAGCAAUGUGCAUGCGCUGAUACAGUCAUGUUACUGUAGGAUGCAAUGUCUCUGUGAAAGAACAUUCUGUUAGCAAUACUUUGUGUGAUCGUACCAUUACCUUCUUUCCUGUCCUCUUUGAAAUUACCACAGCUAUUGGUGGGUGAGAAAAAAAAAGAGGGAGGAAGAAAGCGUAGAGGCAGGAGUGAAGACCACGGGUUUCAUCUAACCUCAUACCUCAGCUACUACAGUUGCAUCAAUGCGGUCUAAAAUAGCCACAGCCGCACAGCAGACUUCACUGGACUUGCUAGGAAAAUGGACUGAACCCAGCACCAUUAACCCAGCACACUGGCUUUAAACAUUUUAUCAAAUGUAAGUAGGAUAUUCAAGUAUUUGAGUAGAGCCAAAAUAAACUGUAUAAAGGAUAUCUUCCUCCUUCACCUCUGAUGUUAAUCAUGCUGUCUGGUAGCAGAUGAAUGUUAUUCAGCCUGUCCGUGUUUAUAAUGUAGCAGAUCUUCCAUUUUUCUCACAUGAAGCCUAUAUUUUAUUUGUUAGACACUCAAACACAGACACAUGCACAAAUCUAGGUACUAACCUUUCAAUGAGCCAUGACCAACUCUUCCUAAAUUUGUGAUUAUGCAAAGACAUACUGUGCAUUGAAUGCAGUAGUAUGUAGACAAAGGAUAGGUCAGAAAGUCUUCCUGAAUUGCAUCUGUAGUGUUUUAAAAUACACAAACCCUUCUUUGAUUCCUGAACAAACUUCCAAAGAACAAAAAGAAAGAAAGAAAGAAAGAAAGAAAGAAAACUGCCAAAAAAAUGGCUCAUAAAUGUCAAUGUGUCUCUUCUUUUGGUGACAUUUUGUGCAAGAACAAACUUUCGUACUGCUUGUUGUUUGAUACACAUGGCAAUGAGCUAUAUAUGACUGGUGUCAAAUAAAUACUGUUUCAUCACAGCU